CAACAAGCUCUUGACAAUAUCCAUGCUUAUCCUCAUUGUGUCUUGCUGACACGCGUUGGGGGCUUCUACGAGCUAUACUUUGAUCAUGCAGAGAGCUAUCAUCAAGAGCUGGGCCUGAAACGGUCUUUCAAGGACACGAAGCUGGGUCCAGUUGCCAUGGCAGGCUUUCCCUUCUUUCAGCUUGAUCGGUUUGUCAAGUUGCUCGUGCAAGACAUGGGCAAAUUUGUGGCCAUCAGCGAGGAAGUGGAGAAAGAUCCACUCGAUGUCACUUCCAAGAACGCCUUUGACAGGAAAGUUUUGCGUGUCAUCACGCCAGGUACUUUGCUAGACGAGAAGUUUUUGGAGCAAGAGACCAACAAUUAUCUGCUCUCUGUGCAUAUUCAGGAGCAAGAUAAUCUGGCUGGCCUUGCUUGGAUGGAUCUAAGCACCGGAGAUUUCUUGACGCAAGAGGUGAGUUUGUCAGGCCUUGCUUCUUCCAUUCAGCGUCUGCAACCCAAGGAGAUCAUUGGUACAGGUCUUGCUGGCUUUGCCUUCACCCCUGUUGAAAAGGCUGAGCAAAUAUCAGAUCAGUGGAAGAAGCUGGUCAAGGACGAUUUUUCCUUGCCAGAAGCGCUUGCUGGCUCGACAUUGCUGGCAUACAUUGCAGAAAAUCUCAAGACGAGUGUCGUGACGCCACCGGUACGUGUUUCCAUGGCAGGAACAAUGCGUCUCGACUACAAUGCCAUCCACUCACUGGAGCUGCGCAGAUCUAUGAUGGAGCAAGGAUCAGGCUACAGAGGCUCUUUGUUGCACGCACUCAGAGGAACAUUGACAAAAUCUGGUAGUCGUCUACUGGCUACUUGGAUCGUGAAUCCAAUCACCAGUGUCGACACGCUCAACCAGCGGCUUGAUCUUGUGACUUUGCUGUUAGAAGAUGAAGAGCUUCGCUCGCAGGUCCAACGCUUCUUGAAGAAUUCCGGCGACGCAGUCCGAGUGCUACAACGCUUUGGUUUCGGUCGUGGAGAAGUGGAAGACUUGCUGACCAUUAGCGCCAGCACGACGGCCACUGAAUCUCUCUUGGCCCUGCUCAGUCGCCAUGCGCGUGCUGAGCCCUUGCGUUCUCGCAUGACAGUCUUGGACAAACUGCGCAAAAAGAUCACAGCCAGUGUGGAUGAAGAAGGUCUCUCCAAACGAAAUCGAGAGGACGCAGAAACAGCUGCAAGAGUCAUGCAAGAAGUCAUGCAGGCAACAACACCCACGCCUGAACGCCGUCGCAAGGCUAUCGAGCGAGAUGUUUCCUAUACGAUGCGCAGUACAGCUUCAACAGCACUGAAGCAUCUUCAUCAAACUCUGGCAGAUCUCAGCCUCGAAAAGGAAGCGCUCCAGAUGCACCUGAGACAAGAGCUGGGAGACUCGUCACUCACUCUCAAAACACUACCCGGUCUCUCUCAUAUUGCCCAUGUCCGUUCCUCCUCAAAGGCUUUGUUGAAUCCGGAUGUAGCUCGUGCGGUAGGAAGCACAAGGAGUACACGCUCAUACCACAUUGCAGCUUGGUCUCUCCUCGGUACGCGUAUCGAAGCCACGAGGCUGCAAAUCCAACGGGAAGAAACGCAGACUUUCCAUGCCUUGCGCAAGCUGGUGCUGCAGAACAUGGCUGCGUUGCGAGAGAAUGCCCAAGUCUUGGAUGAGCUAGAUGUCGCUUGCAACUUUGCUCAACUCGCAUCUCAGCACAAUUGGGUCCGGCCGAUACUCGAAGAAACCAGCACGACUGAAAUCAUCGGCGGACGUCACCCCGUGGUGGAAUUUUCACUGCUGGCCAAGGGUCAACAAUUCCAACCGAACGACUGCCAUUUUGGCGAGGAAAACAUGUAUCUGAUCACUGGUUGUAAUAUGGGGGGCAAAUCUACCUUUUUGCGAACAGCGGCAGUCAUCCAAAUCCUAGCUCAGAUUGGCUCGUAUGUACCUGCACGUCAUGCUCGGCUUGGCAUUGUCGACCAAAUCUUUUCAAGACUUGGUAGCGCGGAUUCGCUGUAUCAGGAUGAAAGCACCUUUUUGGUAGAGAUGAAGGAAACGUCUGCGAUUUUGAGUGGUGCUUCAGGCAAGUCACUUGUGCUCAUGGACGAAGUGGGAAGAGGCACGACAUUUGUGGAUGGCAUCAGCAUUGCAUACGCCACACUAGAGAAGCUACAAGAAGUUGGGUGCCGAACACUCUUUGCAACGCAUUUUCAUGAUCUUGCCAAGCUCAUGAAGGACUUCCCCCGAGCCGGCAUGCUUUACACGGAUUUGAUUGAGGAAGAAGACGGAUCUUUUACCUUUGAGCAUCAAAUGAAGCGCGGCGUUUGUACAGAUUCGCAUGGAUUGAAAGUGGCGCGCAUAGCAGGCAUUGAACAGAGCGUUUUAGACACAGCGCAGCGU